CACUAUCUCUGUCCUCACAUGUAAAGCUGGAUGUAAUUUGAGUUUGUGCAUCAUUUGUGAAGGUGGUCACAUGACCUCUGGAGGCCCCGGGCUGUGGAGCGAUGAAGACCGGCUCUCAGGUCCGCCUGCUCCUCUGGAAGAACUGGACUCUGCGCAAACGCCAGAAGAUUCGGUUCCUGGUUGAAAUCAUCUGGCCGGCGGUUUUGUUUAUCGGUCUGGUGUGGCUGAGAAAAGCCAACCCCCUGUACCAGCAACAUGAGUGUCAUUUUCCAAACAAGGCCAUGCCCUCGACUGGGAUCCUGCCGUGGAUCCAGGGCAUCUUCUGUAACGCCAACAACCCGUGUUUCAGACACCCCACCAGAGCAGAGGGCCCCGGGGUGGUGUCCAACUACAACAACUCUCUAUUGGCGCGUUUCUACUCCGAUCUGCAGGAGCUGGUUCUCAAUGACACAGAGGUGCAUCAACUGCGUAGGAUUUGGAACGAAAUGUCUGCCUUCUCCAACUUCAUGGAGACACUUCGCCAUAACCCUUCCUCAGUGUCAGGCCGUGGGCUCAAAGUCGAAGAGAUAUUGAAAGAUGAUGAAGUGUUCACCUCCUUCUUGCUGAGGGAUGCCCACCUCACAGACUCCGUGGUCUACCAGCUCGUCAACGCACGGAUACGACUGGAACAAUUUGCGUAUGGGAUCCCGAACCUCCAGCUCAAGGACAUCGCGUGCAGUCAGGCUCUGUUGGAGAGGUUCCUGAUCUUCCCCGGUCGCCAUGGGUUACACAGUGUGAGAAACGCCAUGUGCGCCCUGAGCCAGCAAAAUCUCCAGACCAUCGAGGACGUGCUCUACGCCAACCUGGACUUUUUCAAGAUAUUCAGACUGAUGCCUCAGGUGAUGGACAGUAACGCUCAGGGAAUCGACCUCCACUACUGGGGCCGCGUGCUCAAGGCUUCAUCUGACAGUUUCAGACGGCUACUUGCUCGAGACAGUUCCCAGGAUUUGCUCCGGUCUCUGGGCCCUCUGCUCCAGACUGGGGGCCCCUCGUCGUUCUCCCAGCUCAUGUCCAGCGUGUCAGGCCUGUUCUGUGGGUAUCCGGAGGGAGGGGGGUCCAGGGUCCUCUCCUUCAACUGGUACGAAGACAACAACUACAAAGUGUUUCUGGGCGUCAACGGGACCAAGAGCCACGGCUAUGUCUAUGACGAGACUGCAACUCCGUUCUGUAACUCCCUGAUGGAGACUCUGGAGUCUAACCCCAUCACAAAGAUCGUGUGGAGCUCUGUGAAGCCGCUGCUGAUGGGAAAGAUCCUGUACACGCCCGACUCCCCCGCGGUGCACAGGAUCCUCAAGAGUGCCAACACCACAUUCGAGGAGCUGGAGCGACUCAUGGUGAUGUUUAAAUCCUGGGAGGAGCUCGGGCCUCAGAUCUGGAACUUCUUCCACAGCAGCGUCCAGAUGAACAUGAUCCGGGACACGCUCAGAAACCCCACAGUCACACAUUUCAUGGACAACAGUUUGGAGGGGACCGGUUUUCGCACCAAAGACAUCCUGAACUUUCUGCACACUGGCCCGGAGGAGGAGCGGGAGCCUGGGAUGGUGAAUCUGGACUGGACGAACAUCUUCAACCUCACGGACCAGGUCGUACGAAUGAUCAACCAGUAUGGAGAGUGCAUCAGUCUGGAUAAGUUUGUCCCUCACACUGAUGAGUCCCAGAUGAUCCACCAGGCUCUGCACCUCCUGGAGCAGAACAAGUACUGGGCAGGUGUGGUCUUCAUGGACAUGUUUCCCUGGACCACCACUGUCCCCCCGCACGUCCGCUACAAGAUCCGAAUGGACAUCGACGCAGUGGAGAGGACCAAUAAGAUCAAGGACAGAUACUGGGACCCGGGACCUAGAGCUGACCCUAUGGAGGACCAGCGGUACAUCUGGGGCGGCUUCGCGUACCUCCAGGACAUGAUCGAACACGGCAUCAUCAAACUGCACACAGGCAACGACUGGCCCCUGGGCGUCUACGUACAGCAGAUGCCCUACCCGUGCUACGUGGACGAUGUGUUCAUGAUCACCCUGAACCGGUGCUUCCCCAUGUUCAUGGUCUUGGCCUGGAUCUACUCGGUCUCCAUGACGGUGAAGAGCAUCGUCCUGGAGAAAGAGCUCAGGCUGAAGGAGACGCUGAGGGCCAUGGGAGUCGACAACGGGGUCCUGUGGUACACCUGGUUCAUCGACAGCUUCACCAUGAUGACAGCCAGCACCGCUCUGCUCACUGCUAUUAUCAUGGGUGGUAAAGUGCUGAACUACAGUGACCCUCUCUUGGUCUUCUUCUUCCUGUUGACCUUCACCGUGGCGACCAUCAUGCAGUGCUUCCUCCUCAGUGUUUUCUUUAACAAGGCCAACCUGGCAGCCGCCUGUAGUGGCAUCAUCUACUUCACCCUGUACCUGCCCCAUGUGCUGUGCCUCGCCUGGCAGGACCGCAUCACCUACAAUACCAAGCUGGCAGCGAGCUUGUUGUCUCCUGUAGCGUUUGGUUUUGGGACAGAGUACUUGUCCCGCUACGAGGAGCAGGGUCUGGGUCUGCAGUGGGACAACAUCAAGACCAGUCCAUUAGAAAAGGACUCAUUUUCCUUCCUGUCCUCGAUCCUCAUGAUGAUGUUUGACGCUGUCCUCUACGCUGUCCUCGCCUGGUAUCUGGACAAUGUAUUUCCAGGACAAUACGGAAUCAGCCGACCGUUCUACUUCCCAUUACAACCUUCGUAUUGGUCCAGACCUGCUCCAUCGCACAGUGGCUCACCCCAACAAGAUGUUGAAAGACCAGAGCCUGAUCGUGCAGACCCAGAAAGCGCCGACACUCCAGAUAUGUCCAACUGUAACGGAUCAGGCAGCCGCAAAACCUGUAAACACCAACACAAGCGAGACCGGAUCACGAGGGAGAGAGAGGUACUGAGGCAACAAGAGGAGAGCCCACACAUGGAGGAGGAGUCCAACAACGAAGGUAACACACACAAAUACUGCUCUCUCUCCUCAGGUCAGCUCUUCUUUGAGUCUGAUCCGGUCGGUUUGGCGUUGGGGGUGCAGAUCCAGGAUUUGGUGAAGGUUUUUGACGGCAGCUCUCGGCCUGCGGUCAACCACCUCAACAUCAACUUCUACGAGGGACAGAUCACGUCCUUCCUCGGACACAACGGAGCUGGAAACAACCACACUGUGCGCUCAAUAGUACAGAAAAUAUGUUCGAUCCUGACCGGCCUGUUCCCUCCCACCUCUGGCACUGCCUUCAUCAACGGCAGAGACAUCCUCACUGACAUAGACCUGAUCCGUAACUCUCUGGGGAUGUGUCCACAGUACAACAUCCUCUUCAACCACUUGACGGUGGAGGAGCACAUCUUGUUCUACUCUCUGAUGAAAGGGCGUACUCAGGCUGAGGCCGAGCAGGAGGUGGAGGACAUGCUGCUGGACCUGGGUCUGCCCCACAAGAGACACGACGAAGCCCAGAACCUCUCAGGUGGGAUGCAGAGGAAGCUGUCUGUUGCCAUGGCAUUUGUUGGAGGGUCAAAGGUCGUGAUUUUGGAUGAACCCACAUCAGGAGUCGACCCGUAUUCAAGAAGAUCCAUUUGGGAUUUGUUACUCAAGUACAGGACAGGUCGUACUGUGAUCUUGUCCACUCACCACAUGGACGAGGCCGACCUGCUCAGUGACAGAAUCGCCAUCAUCUCUCAGGGACGCCUCCACUGCUGCGGCUCCCCUCUCUUUCUCAAGAACUGCUUCGGACUGGGCUUCUACCUCACUCUAGUGCGCCGCAUGAAGGACCUGAGGCGGAGAGAGAACGAGUGUGACUGCAGCUCUGAGUGCUCGUGUGCCUGCUCCAUCUGUACGGCCUAUAAGGAACAGUCCCAGAAUCUGUCCCAGCACCAGGACCGGGUCAUGGAAGGAGACAUUGAGACGAUCACCAGUCUGAUCCACCACCAUGUCCCAGAGGCGAAGCUCAUAGAGGCCAUCGGACAGGAGCUGACGUACCUCCUGCCCAAUAAGAACUUUAAGCACCGCGCCUACGCCAGCCUGUUCAGAGAGCUGGAGGAGACUCUAGGGGACAUGGGCCUCAGCAGCUUCGGCAUCUCUGACACUUCACUAGAGGAGAUUUUCAUAAAGGUCACAGCAGACGGAGAGGCGGUGAAUAAUGCCACCACUGCAGUGCAGUGGAUGUUACAGCACAGGAAAAGCAGCAGCAAAAUGGGCUCAGAAAAUGAAGAGCACAACGGCACCACCGCUGGGGCAGGAGGCAGCAGUGCAGGGAAAGGCUCGAGGCAGGUGAAAGGCUCCAGACUCAUCCUCAAACAGUUCUGUGCUCUGAUCAUAAAGAGGUUCCACCACGCCACACGCAGCACCAAGGACUUCCUCGCACAGAUUGUACUUCCUGCCAGUUUCGUCCUGAUAGCUUUAAUCUUCACCACCAUUGUCCCACCUUUUGGAGAGUACCCUGCUCUCACUCUGAGCCCCUGGAUGUACGGGCCACAGUUUACUUUUGUCAGUAAUGAGCAGCCACAUGACCUGAGGAUGAAGAGGUUCACCGAGCGCCUGUUGAAUCCUCCAGGACUGGGCACUCGCUGCAUGACGGGAGAACCACUCGGAAUGUCCUGCAGUAACGAUACUUCAGAGUGGGUGUACCCGGACAUCUCCCCGGAGCUCGCCACUGUUUUCUCUCUCUCUGACUGGUCGACUCUGGACCCGUCCCCCUCCUGUGAGUGCAGCGGCAGCGAGCGUUUGACCAUGAUGCCCGUGUGUCCCCUCGGAGCAGGAGGACCGCCCCCGAAACAGCGGCAGGAGCGAAGUGGGGACACCAUGUUAGAUCUCACUGAGAGGAAUAUAUCGGAUUAUCUGGUCAAAACCUACCCCAGCCUCAUCAGGACCAGUCUGAAGAGCAAAUAUUGGGUCAAUGAGCAAAGAUAUGGAGGUCUGUCUAUAGGAGGCCAGCUUCCGAUACUGGACGUCAAACCAAGUGACAUCCAGGAGGCUUUCUCUCAGCUCGGACGAAUGCUCAACAUCACAGCGGGCCGCUACUCCAGACUGGCCUUGAGGAACAUUGGACCAUUCUUGAAGUACAUGGAAAGUGAAUACAAUAUAAAGGUCUGGUACAAUAACAAAGGCUGGCAUGCUAUGGUGUCCUUCCUGAACGUGGCCAACAAUGCCAUUCUCCGCGCGUUCCUCCCCCCUCACGCCAAACCUGUGGAGUACGGCAUCACGGCUGUCAAUCACCCGCUCAACCUGACCAAGGAGCAGCUGUCUGAAGUCACCGUAUUAACGACGUCAGUAGAUGCGGUUGUUGCCAUCUGCGUUAUUUUCGCCAUGUCCUUUGUUCCGGCCAGUUUCGUCCUGUACCUGAUCCAAGAGCGCGUCACUAAAGCCAAACACCUGCAGUUUGUCAGCGGGGUCAGCCCUCUGGUUUACUGGAUCGCCAACUUCAUAUGGGACAUGGUAAAUUACUGUCUGAGCACAGCGAUGGUGGUGGGGAUCUUUAUGGCGUUUGAUAAGAAAUGCUACACUUCACCAACAAACCUGCCAGCGCUGAUAACACUGCUGCUCCUUUACGGGUGGUCAGUGACGCCCAUGAUGUACCCCAUGUCCUACAUCUUUAACGUCCCGAGUACAGCCUACGUGUCUCUGUCCUGUAUAAACCUGUUCAUCGGAAUCAACAGCAGCGCCAUCACCUUCGUCCUGGAGCUCUUUGAGAACAACAGGUCGUUGCUGGCGUUUAAUGAAUGGUUAAAGAAGUUCCUGCUGAUUUUCCCUCAUUUCUGUUUGGGACGAGGUCUGAUCGACAUGGCCAUGAACCAGGCCGUAACCGAGGUCUACGCCAGAUUUGGAGAGGAGCACACAGCCGACCCGUUCAGAUGGGACUUUGUGGGCAAAAACAUGGCUUUUAUGGCAGUCGAAGGAUUCUUUUACUUUAUCCUCAAUCUGCUCGUUCAGUAUCGCUUCUUCAUGGAGCACUGGUUCCCUGUGAGUUCACCCACAGGACCAGCUAUUGACGAUGACAACGAUGUGGCUGAAGAGCGACGAAGAAUUUACGAAGGAGGCAGCAAGUCGGACAUCCUGCAAAUCAGAGACCUCUCCAAGACAUACGUGGGCAGGAAGAGGGCAGCGGUGGACAGGAUUUGUGUAGGAGUUCCAGCAGGAGAGUGUUUUGGUCUUCUGGGAGUGAACGGAGCAGGGAAGACGACGACCUUCAAAAUGUUGACGGGUGACACGGACGUGAGCUCAGGGGAGGCCUCUGUGGCAGGAUACAGUAUCCUGACCCAGAUCCUGGACGUGCACCAGAACAUGGGCUACUGUCCUCAGUUUGACGCCAUAGACGACCUGCUGACAGGACAGGAGCACCUGUACCUCUACGCCCGCCUCAGAGGGGUGCCCGAGUCUGAGAUCCCCAGAGUGGCAGAGUGGGGCAUUCAGAAGCUGGGUUUGUCUGAAUACGCCGGCCGCUGCGCAGGGACGUACAGCGGAGGAAACAAGCGCAAACUGUCCACGGCCAUCGCCAUGAUCGGAUGCCCCGCACUCGUUCUGCUGGAUGAGCCCACGACAGGGAUGGACCCUCACUCCAAACGCUUCCUGUGGAACGCCAUCAUGAGUGUGAUCCAGGACGGGCGAGCCGUGGUGCUCACAUCUCACAGCAUGGAGGAGUGUGAGGCCCUGUGCACUCGUCUCGCCAUCAUGGUCAACGGCACUUUCAGGUGUCUGGGAACUAUUCAGCACCUCAAAUACAAGUUUGGAGAUGGUUAUGUAGUGACCAUGAAGAUAAAGGCAGCUAAAGCAGGCCAGAGCCCAGAGCUGGAGCCAGUGGAGCAGUUUAUGGAGAGCAGUUUCCCGGGCUGUGUUCAGAGGGAGAAGCACUACAACACUCUGCAGUACGAGAUCUGCUCCUCCUCACUCGCUCGCAUCUUUCAGUUCGUCGUCUCCAACAAAGAGCGGCUCAGCAUAGAGGACUACUCUGUGUCACAGACUACGCUGGACCAGGUGUUCGUAAACUUUGCCAAGCAGCAGACGGGAGAGGACGAAGACACAAGAAGAACAGCUGCAGGGAGGAAAGACAUCAAAAUCUGCCCCACUAAAAGGAAAACAUAAGCAAAUGCAUCAACUUUUUAGACUUGCACAAUCAUCAUAACACACAACUGCAUUUACUUUUAUUAUCGGAUAGUCAGCCUUCAAGUUAGGACAAGGUGUACUGCGGUUGUACAUAUGUGUAAAUAUACUCUUCUAUUCUAUUCUGUGUUUAUUUAUUGUCAAUUUGCACUUUAGUAGCUUCGUUUUGCAAUAUUUUUUACAUUAAAGGGCCCAUUUUACGCUAUUUUCUGAUCUAUGUUUUAAUGUUGUUUCCUCGUCGCAAACAUACCUGGAGUUGUGGGUUUUUGUUUUGUUUUUUGUUUUAUUUAUUUACUCGUUUAUAAGAGAAUGACACAUCAAUUACUUGAGACGGGUGUGUUGGAGGAGAGGGAGCGGCCCAAGAACAUAAAAAUCCCACACAGAGAUUUAUUAGGACAAACCGUGCAACGUUUCAGCACAUGUUUAUCUGAUGAAAGCCUACUGCCUCUUUAUUUACACGUUUAAAACACAGUUCUUUUCUCAAACAGUAAAUACUCUGUUCCACCUUGUGAUGUUAUGUGGUAAAAGCUUCACUGUGUUUUUAAACUCCACACACUUUCAUUAGAAUCAUCUGGAUAAAUUCAGCCCUGGAAUUGCCAAAAGGAUCACAUGUUCUUCUGCUGUUUUUAUCUUUUGUAUGUGAAGCACUUUGUUAACCAGUCUGGCGCCUCCUAGUGCCUCCAUUCAAGUUCAUUUCUCUCCAGCGACUAGGUCAGGAAUCGGAAUACAAUAGACGAUUUGCAAUGCAGCCAAUCAGCAAAGAGCCAUACAUUCUGUGUUGGCAAUGAUUCCCGAGAUCGAGGAUUUAAAGCCGGAACAAAGAGAAUGUUUGGUGAAUUUUAUCAAGAGGAAAGACGUUAUUGCCCUUCUUUUUAUGGGAUUUGGGAAAAGCUUAAUAUACCAUUUAGCGGCACAUUACAUACAUCACAACCAAAUAGCAGCGAUUGGUUAAAUAAAAAAAAAAGUACCCACCUACCAUUGAGCAAACGAAUCCUAAUGCUGCGGGGUCAGACGGUUUCCACAAAGUGAAACCGGUUGAUCAGUCAUGCUAGUACUUUGUGACCUAUGUCUGUGAAAAGCGCUAUAUAAAUAAACUUUAUUUACUUACUUGCUAUGUAGCUGUUAACUUGAAAACUCCCACUUCAUGACAUCACAAGGUGAAACAGAGUAUUUGAGCUUUAGAGAUGUAGAUAAACUAAUAAUAAAGGAUUACUCAAACAUGUGUGAAUGAAACAAAACACAACCCUGGGUAUGUUUUUGAUGAGUUAAUAACAUUAUAACAUGGCAAGAAUCCAUUAUUUGUCAUAUAGGACCUUUAACAGAAACUUCCAUAAACGUUUUUGUAAAUACAGUUCUAUUCAUAAUAAUAAUUUCUUCACAGACUUGUUGAAACCCCUCAAGGUGCUAAAUUAUAUAAUUAGAAACGUAUAUGGUUAAUUUAUUUUUGAUUUGUGGAGAGCCAGACAGAAAAAACAGAAGAUCCCUGGUUUGAUUCCCAGUUCGCUCAUGGUUAAACUCAUGUACAAGCUUUUUAAAUUUAAACUCGGAUAUUUAUCUUUUCUAUUUUUCCAAACAUCAACCAGCAAUAAACAGGCAUUGAUUGUGAUUCUCCGUAUCACAAAAACUGGACUAGUGAUUCAGUUGAACCCUGAUGUCUCACAUGAUGUACAGUUCACUAGUUUACACUUCUCAUCACAUCUCACAUGAUUAGAAAACCAUUUGAAUGACACCGUGUAGAUAGAUCUUAUUUGUGUUGACAUUCUGAGCGUUCUCCUGGCUGUCCUAGACUGGUACUUUUGUUUAUGAAGUUCAAAUAAAGAUUUUUUUUCAUAUACCGCCUUCUCCAUGUGUGAGUUUUGAAGUGAUGUGGUGAUCUGGUAUAGGCUCUCAAAGGACACGUUAUUCAUGCCUAGAAUAUGGUAUUAAACUUCAAACAAGGAGA